GAUGCCUUGUGAAUUCAACCCAAAUUCCAUCGUGAACUGAAAGAUGUGUUUACUGAAAGAUGAAGGCAAGCCAUGCCUUCAUGGCCAUCGUCACUUGGAUAAGGAUUCUAGCUGAUCUUUUUGAAACAUGUGAAGGUGCUAGCGCUUUGAUUAGCAAGUCAUUGUACAAAGUGGGUGACGAAAUCGUGUUCAACUGCUCUGUGGCUAAGUUCACUGCCCCCGCCUCUCUGGGCAGCAAGAACUACAUUUUAACACUACAGAAAAAGAAGGACACGGCAGCUCUACCUCAAAUGCUCACGAAAUUCGAGAGUGCUGGCCAAAUUCGUGUGAACGUGCCUGACCACUGGACAUCGGUGAGUGACCACGAGCUUGUCAUAAAACGGGACCGCGAGAUUGUCUACAAGGUGCCGUCCGCCGACUGCGACGAUCAAGGAAUCUAUGAGUGCGUGUUUAAGUUUGACAGCGAUGUGAAAGAAAAGAAAAAGCAAGCGGUUCUGACUCUGACGGCGGACACUGAACCAACGUGUGACGUGGAGAUGGACGGAAAACCUGUGGGUGGACCCGACCCGAGCAUUGACGUUCGAGAAGGACAAACUGUUCGGUUAGCCUGCAAGAAGCAACUGGGUGAUUCCCCCUUGGCCUGGGAAUGGUUGAAGGGGUGCCAGAAUAAAUGGAUUGACUGGCCGCCUGCAAACCGUCGCCAAAGCUCCACGACCUCCACUUCAGACCUCUGCUCCAUGAGCAUCUGGACCACCUCCUCGGACAUCACCGUCACCAAAGACCUGGACGGAUGCACGAUACAGAUGCUGCUAGUCUCCACGGUCAGACGAGCUGAUCUGGCAAUGCGCACCGUCAAAGUCAAGGUCCUUCCCGGAGGGCCCAAGCCAACAACGACAGCCUCAGGCACCACGCCCCCGAUGUCUGCGGCUGCUUCAACUCCUGGAACGGAGACACCCACUUCAGAGCCAGAGGAGAGUUCCGGGGAGGAGGAGGAAAAAGACAACUGCAAGCACUACGUGAAGAUACUGGCUCUGUCCGUCGGACUGUCUCUUCUCAUCUGUAGUCUCUGCGGAAUCUUUGUUCACGCCUUCUAUCUCAGGG